AUGACAAGAACGGCCGGAUUUGUUUUGACUUUAAUGCUGGCGAUCUCCUGUGGGCAUGCCUUCAGUAUCCCUUCCCUGUUCAACGCCUCCCCAUCAAAGAUUGCUGACAAGGCUGAUUACCCAAAUGAUCACGAGGAAGCAGCUUCCUUGAUCGGCAAGUACUGUGCCCAAGGCAUUUUGAUUGGAUGCCUUGCAUUUCCUCAGAUUGUUGGGGCCGUCAGUGGUGGUGGCCUUGACUACGCCAAUUUGGAUAUUACUGGUCAAGACUUCUCAAAUGGAAACUACAAGGGAAAAGAUUUCACUCAGGUGAUUGCAAAGGGGACCAAUUUCAAAAAAUCCAACCUGCAGGGUUGUAGGUUCUAUAAGGCUUACUUGGUUAAUGCGGACUUUAGUGGGGCGGAUUUGCGAGGAGCAGCCUUGGAGGAUACCAGCAUGGAUGGAGCCAAUCUCAAUGGUGCUAUCGCCGCUGGAUCUUACUUCGGUCAAAGCCUCCUGGAUGUUGAAUCUUUGGAAAAUGCUGAUUUCACAGAUGCCUCCAUUCCAUUGAAAACGCUCCCACAAAUAUGUGAGAGGCCCGAUGUAAAGGGAACCAAUCCGGCGACAGGCGUGGACACGCUGGAAUCUUUGAUGUGUCCGUAG